AUGCGGGUCAGGGAUAUUGACCGCUCCGUGGAUUUCUACACUCGCGUGAUGGGUCUGACCAUCAUGGAGAAGACGGCCAGCGGCACCGUAUUCAUGUCGGCCAACACCGAGAAGUCCCACGAACUGGCAAUCCGCGCCAUCGGCAUGGACGCCGGCGGGCCGGACCACUCCAUCGUGGGGCAGGCCCACAUGGCAUGGCAGAUGGAGACGUUCGAAGACCUGCAGGAGCUGUACGACCGGAUCCGGGAGAACGAUGUCCGCAUCGUGCGAAUGGGCGACCACGGCGUCUCGAUGGGCGUCUACCUGCUGGACCCGGAUGACAACGAGAUCGAAAUUUACUACGAGAUGCCCAAAGACCAGUGGGAACGCCACCCGGAGAAGGGUUUGUUCGGAAACCAGCACCCGCGCCAGCUCGAGGAGCGGGUCACGGUGGCCGGCGAUUAA